AUGGAAAAUCUUCAGUUCCUCGGAAUCUGUGGAAUUCUCCAAGAAACUUUCAAAUUGAUACACAAAGGGAGAAGAAUCUUCACCCAAAUCACUCUUGCCUUCAUUCUUCCCCACUCUCUCUCAGUUUUUGCCCACAUCCAAUUAUCCAUUUUCUUCGCACCCAAAUUCCAUAAACUCUCCGACGUCGUAUCCUCUAAAUCAAUCUGCUAUGCUCUCUUCAACUUCGUUAUCUUCAUCGUCUCCACCGUCUUCCUCCUCCUCUCCACUUCCGCCGUCGCCUACACAGUCGCCUCCAUCCACACAGCACGCGACGUCGCGUUCGAGCACGUGAUCGCCGUCGUGCCGAAGCUCUGGAGGCGGCUUCUCCCCACCUUCAAAUGCGUGUUGACAUAUUUUUUCGCCUUCAACUUGGGAGCUUUCUUUACUCUCUUCCUGAGAAUUUUGAUAGCCGUUUUUGUGAACGGGCCAAACGCCUUCGCGGACGACGACGAAGACCCGGCCGACAUCGGGACGCUUCUUUUCUACUACAUCGUCUUCUACUGCGUGGGGUUGACGAAGUUCUGGGAACUGUCGAGUGUGGUGUCGGUUCUUGAAGAUGUGUGUGGGUCGGAAGAAGCCAUGGCGAGAAGCAGCGCGCUGCUUAAGGGGAACAUGAGGAUGGCCGCAGUGCUGAUGGGUUUGUUGUGUGCUCCUUUUGCUGUGGUUCAGAUUCUGUUUUGCUAUCUGGUUGCGGCAGUGGGGGUGGCGGGAAAGGGUAUUUUGGGGAUUGUCUGGGUGUUGUCGAUUUUGGUGUUUGUUUUGGUGAAGCUUGUGGUGGAUACUUUGUUGUAUUUUGUCUGUAAAUCUUAUCACCAUGAGAGUAUUGAUAAGUUGGCUCUCUCCUGCCAUCUUCAAGGUUGUGUUCCGGCCUGUUAG